AUGAACAACCGCUCCCCACCUCGAGAUGCCGAAGGCUUAUUGGCCACCCGGGUCGUGACCCUGGAUCAAUUUAAGACGGACGACGCAACAGCCAGGAAUGGAGAAAGUUCGUCCACCCUGAAGCCGAUUCCGGUGCUGCUGUUGCCUGGAGAGACGACGGAGCAGUACGACACCAAGUUCAGGCGCUGGGUGUUCGACAGGAAGGUCUCGACCGAGCUGCUCAACAAUGAACCGGCAGUGGAACGUCAAUACCGACUGGACUUUGCGGACUCGAGAGCGUGGACACUUAGCCGCAAGGGCAUUGGCACGAUGAGUUCCCAUCAUCUAGACAAGUACGAAGGCGUUCGGAGUCGGGAGGAGCUGCUGUCACAGCAAGUGAUGACAGUAGAGCAGUUUGUGGAGAAGAUGGCAAAGUUCGGGCCGAAUGGGUACCUGAACACUGGCUGGAGACUCAAGCGGAUACCCAUUGUGCUGAGACCCAGGGAGACGAAGCUGAUCUAUGAACUUAAUUUCCAGCGAUGGCUGGGCAAGAAAGACGUGACACUGGAAAUGCUGCGAGAAGACCCGGAGGAGGAACGCAGAUAUCGACAGUGUUUUGCGUACACGCGCGUGAAGCUGGAGCAGAUCUCAAAGUCGGAGCAGAAGCCGCAGUCGAAGCCUCAGCCGAAGCUGGAGCAGAAGUCGCACUAG